AUGGCUGACGCGCCGACCGACCCCAAGCCGACCGAGUCCAACCCCCCCGCCCCCGCUCCCGAGGCCGGCGAGGGAGGCGAGAAGCAAUCAAAGAAAGGUGCGAAGAAGGCCGAGGCCAAGGCAAAGAAGGAGGCCGAGAAGGCCCGUAAAGCUGCGGAGCGCCAGGCCGCCGAGGCCGCUGCGAAGGCUUCCGGCGGCGCGGGCGGCGAGGACUUGGCCAAGGACAACUACGGCGACAUCAAGCCCCAGACCAAGGUCGACGCCGAGCGCACCAGCCUGCGUAGCAUCGGCGCAGAGCAUGUCGGAAAGGCCAUCAAGCUGCGCGCGUGGAUUCAGAAUUCGCGCAUGCAGGGCGCUAAGAUGUGCUUUAUUGAGCUCCGCGAGGAGCGUAACUGGGCCAUCCAGGGCGUCAUCGCCGCCAGCGCCGAGGGUAAGCCCGUUUCGAAGCAGAUGGUCAAGUGGAUCGGCAGUAUUGCGCUCGAAUCGUACGUCCUCGUUGAGGCGACAGUGCAGAAGCCCCUCGAGCCCGUCAAGAGCUGCAAGGUCAGUGACUUUGAGCUGCACAUCACCAAGCUCUACGUCAUCGCCCCCGGCCCCGAGGCCUUGGGCAUGAGCCUGGCCGUCUCGAACCGUCCUAUCAACAGCUUCGAUGAUGAGGACCCCAAUGCUCCCGAGGCUGAUAAACCCGUCGACGACGUCAAGGCCGGUGUUGAAGGCGUGAGCAUCGACACCACUCCUAGCGCGAGCAUGUCGACGCAUCUCAACAACCCCGUCAUGCACAAGCGUGCCCCCGUCCAGCAAGCCAUCGCCGACAUCCGCAUGGCUACCCGCAAGCUCUUUGCGGAAUACCUCGACGCCCAGGGUUUCGUUCAAUUUGAGCCCCCUUGCCUAAUUGGUGCUGCCUCCGAGGGUGGUGCCAACGUUUUCCAGCUCCCUUACUUCGACAAGAGUGCCUGCCUGGCCCAGUCCCCCCAAUUCUACAAACAGUUCGAGAUUGCCGGUGGCAGAAAGAGAGUCUACUGUAUUGGCCCAGUUUUCCGUGCUGAGAACUCCAACACCCCCAGACACAUGACCGAGUUCACUGGUCUCGAUCUGGAGAUGGAGAUUGAGGACGACUACCACGAGGUCCAGGAUAUGCUCGAGAAGGUCCUCCUGCACAUUUUCCGCGGACUCAAGGAGCGCUGUGCCGAUGCUAUUGACACCGUCCGUGCCGUCUACCCCUCGGAAGAUUUCCUCCUCCCCGAGCCUGGCAAGGAGGUCCGCCUCACCUUCGCCGAGGGACAGAAGCUCCUUCGCGAGGAGGGCCCCGAGGAGUACCGCAAUGUCUCGGAUGAGGAGGACAUGUCCACUCCCCAGGAGAAGGCUCUGGGCGCCCUGAUCCGCAAGAAGUUCAACACCGACUUCUACGUCCUCGAUAAGUUCCCCGAGGGGGCGCGCCCCUUCUAUGCCCUUGAGGACCCCGAGAACCCUAAGGUUACCAACGCCUACGACUUCUUCAUGCGCGGCCAGGAGAUCCUUUCCGGAGGCCAGCGUAUCCACAUCCCUAGCGUCCUCGAGGCCCGCCUGCGCAAGAAGGGCAUCGACCCGAACAGCCAGGGUAUCAAGGAGUACGUCGACGUUUUCCGUAGCGCCGGUGUGCCUCCCCACGGCGGCGGUGGUAUCGGUCUCGACCGUGUUGUUGCCUGGUUCUUGAACUUGCCCUCUGUGCAUCUGGCCAGCUACUACCCCCGUACCCCCAAGAGACUUGUGCCGUAA